AUGAAAGCAAAAAAUGAAUCAGUAUCACUGUGUAACAAAAUUUAUCAGUAUAUCAUUACACCGCCACUGGUUGAGCAGUGUGAAAAACAACAAUGGUUUAAAACAGAAGCAAAACAUCGACGAGAAAUUGAGCACCAAGAAACAUUACUCAUUUUACGAUCAAUACUUGAUAGUCAUCAAGAACAGCAAUCGUCUUCUAAUCAUGAUAUGAUUCUUAAACUUUGGUUCGAAGAAGAACCAAGAGCAUACAAGAAAGAAAAGAGAGCUUCGCUUCGUAAAUUAUUUCAACGUCUACUUGGUGAGUUCAUCGGUACGUUCAUUCUUGUUCUAUGCUAUGCGAGUAUGCGCGUCGAAUUGAAACUUGAUCGUCUUACUACUCUUGAAAAUGCUCUCGGACAAGGUCUUGUAAUUGUGGCUCUCGUUUAUUCGCUGGGUGGUAUUUCUGGUGCACACUUCAAUCCAGUGGUAACAUUGGUCUUCACUCUUCAAAAAACAUUUCCUUUACUCUGGCUACCCGUUUACAAUGCUGUUCAACUAACAGCAGCAAUUGCAGCAAGUGGUGUCUUGCGUGCCUUGUACAAACAAGAUGCAAUCUACGGAACAAAUGCUAUUGAUCUCACAAUACUCUCAUCAUAUGCACUCGGCUUUUUUUGGGAAAUAAUUACUUCCUUUUUUCUUCUAUUUGUUGUACUACAAACUGCAACACGAGGGAGCAUUAUCGGACCUUUGGCAGCACUGGCCGUUGGUUCGAUCAAUAUACUUACUGCAAUCAUUGGCAAUAUCAAUUCAUCUUCGAUGAAUCCGACGAGAACCCUCGGACCGGCCAUUGUGAAUUCGAGCCAAGAUGACAGAGCAAGUUUGUGGGUGUAUAUGGCCGGACCAUAUUUGGGUGGUGUGAUUGCAGUAAUUUUUGUCACUUUGUUAAAUUGCGGUAAAUCAUCAUCUCAAGAUGAAGACGACGAGGAAAUGAAAAUGGCACAAGGAGAAAAUAAAUAA